AUGGCUGAAAGUGAACAAAAGUUUUUGCCUGGCUUAGCAAUUAUAGUUAAUCAAAGCAAAGAUCGAGCAGGGAGUAGUCCAGAUGUCUAUAAAUUGAUAAAAACCUUCGAACCAUUUAAUAUCGAUGUUCUAAAUUGGUCGGAUUGGAGCGAAAAACAAAUAAGACAAGAAAUGAAAAAGUUACAAUUAAAUUGGAAGGAAAAAUAUAAUCAGUUUGAGUAUGUUUGUAUAGUUCAUCUAUCGCAUGGCUUCGAAGAUGAAACAGUCGCUUACGACAAAGAAGAGGAUGAAAAAGACAAUGAAGACGUACCAAAAUUAAUUUCCAUACAAAAACUGCUACUCAAUCCUCUUUUUAAAAUCAAGGAAUUAAAUGGAAAAUUAAAAUGGAUAAUAGUACAAGCUUGCAGAGGUAGCGGCGAAUAUGAUGAUUCAGAAGGGCAGAAUACCAAAAACAAUAGCAAUAACUACUUAAACUACUUUUAUGCCAACAGGCAAAGCGAACAACAACAACAACAACAACAACAACAGCAGCAGCAACAAGAGGAACAACAAGAGGAACAACAACUGAACAAUGAAACAACUUAA